GAAGGAGGAGGAGGAGAAAAGGAAGGAGGAGGGGAAAGGAAAGCCAGGAAUAGCAGGUUGGACAGAUGUGCAGAAUCAGAAGCUGGUGUUGCCAUCCAAACCUUCAGAACACUGGCAAACAGACACAAACACUCCUGCGGCAUCACCAUGUAGAGCUGAAAAAGCAGAAUGCGGAGACUGCAGGAUCAACCUCGGAUGAGUGAGAAGAGCAGAGGGAUGCUGUGAAGCCAAAGCGUGUAAUUCCAGCCGCUGUGAUUGGAACAUCCGCACAUAAGGAAAGAUGUAUGUCUUCUAUUCUCUGCUGGUCUACAUCUUUUACACUGUCUUCAAAAAAGAAGAGGAGGAGGAGGAGGCAGCGCUCGAGGGGGCGUCUGGAGAAUCCCCUGAGGAGCCUGGCCAUGUUUCCAUGGAAACAGUGAGCAAGGGGAAGGGUAGCCACACACCCAGGUUGGGCAAAAGGGGGUUUGCAAGACUGGCUGAUUCAAGCAGCAGCAGUGAUAGUGAUGGGACGUCUGUUAGUGAUGAAGAGGAGGAGUUCGACGAAGGUCAUGGAUUACCUGCUAAAACACCAUUAACAGCUUUUCUGUCAUUCAAGCAAGAGGCGGAAAAGCGAAGAGUCACUACUUCCCCUGCAGAACCAAGUGAAAAGGUGUCUGAGUCUCCAUUGCUGUCUGUGAUGUCACACCUCCUGAGCUUCCUGGAGCAGUAUUCGCACCUGCAACAGCUGCAGCAGCAGGCGGAUCAGUACCGUCUGCAGCUGCGCAGACACCGAGCACAGCACCGGAGAAAGAUGAAGGCCCUGCGUGCCUCCUACCGCCAGCGUCUUCGAGACAAAAACAGUGUGAUCAACAGCCUGGAGGAAGUCCUCGCUCAGCAACAGAGCACAUCACCCGAAUCUGAAGUUGACUGCAUGCGUCCUGCAGUGUCUCCGGUUGGCCUGCAUAAGCUGGUUCAGUCUCUCUGCGGACUGCAGGGAGAGAAAAGUCAGCUGAGAGGAGAACUGCGCUCGCUUCAUUCCCAGCUCGAGCAGAGAGAACAAGAUCGACACACUAAAGUACAGGCCUUCCAGCAACAGAUUGAUGAGCUGAAGAGCUGCAUUGAGGAAAGGGAAGAGGAGCUGUCCAGACUCAGAGCUGCAUCGGGAGUAACAGAUUCAGAGAAACGUGUGCUUUGCUUGUCAGCAGAGAAUGAGAGUUUGAAACACAGCCUCACAGUAACACAGGGUCUUCUGCAGCAGCUGUCAGUCAUUCCAUCCCAGUCCAGCUCAGUGCUCAUCAAGGAAAAUGAGAACCUGCGCAGUCGUGUUCUGCAGCUAGAGAGUUCACUACAGCAGCGGGCAGAGCAGAUGUCCCGUCUGGAGCACCAGAGAGAGCAGAGCGAGUGGACGAGGGCAGAAGAUAUCAGGAGACGAGAGGAGAGAGUGAGAGAGCUGCAGCUGCAACUGGACAAAGAACGCAACAAGGAGCCUGUGGUUAAAUAUGUUACCCAAACUGUAGAGGUCGAGUCACCUUCGACUCUUCGCCAACUCUCUGAAGCCAAACAACAGAAUGAACAACUUUCUGAGAAGCUGAGCAGUCAGAGAGAUCGAUGCCGGCAGCUGGAGGAGAACAUCAGACGUUCGGAUGAAGUCAGCUGCAAUUUGCAACACAAGAUUGCUGCAUAUGAAAGGGAGAUCGGGACACUGCGGGAGGAGCUGCUGAAGGAGAUCGGACAUCUUGAGGAAAAGAAAGAGGCAGCUGUGAAAGCAGCAGCUAACUGCUCUGAGGAGCAUCUGCAGAGCCUGCAGGACCAGUUCACAACCCUCCAGAAGCGGUUGACUGCACUUCCUCCUACAUUGCGAUCCAUGAAGACUGACUAUGCCAGUCUUCGCAGUCAAGUCCGAAACUUUUCAGACUUCUAUGGAUCAGCUAUCAAAGAAGCCAAGAAACAGAUUGUGGCAGCUAUAAAUGAGAUGUCAGAGGCCAACAAAGACCUUCUGGAAAAAUACAGGAAGGAGGUAGCUCUCCGCAGGAAGUACCAUGAGCAGCUGGUUGAAUUAAAAGGUAAUAUCCGUGUGCUGUGCCGUGUAAAACCAGUACUGAAGGAAGAUCAACAUGAAGAAGGCCAGGCAGUAGUUGUCACAACAGACCCCAAUAAUGAAUCUGCACUCAUAGUUUUAAGCAAAGGAAAAGUCAAAAACUUUGAGCUGGAUAAAGUCUUUCAUCCUCAGGCCACUCAAGAAGAGGUGUUCCAGGAAAUUGAGCCACUUAUCACUUCCUGUAUUGAUGGAUAUCAUGUUUGCAUCUUUGCUUACGGUCAGACAGGCUCUGGCAAAACAUAUACUAUGGAGGGUACUGUUGAAAACCCCGGCAUCAACCAACGGGCCCUUAAACACCUGUUCAAUGAGAUUGAGGAAAGAAAGGACAUGUGGACAUACACCGUCAGUGUCAGUUCAGUGGAAAUUUACAACGAGGUCCUGAGAGAUCUACUUAGUAAGGAUGGGGAGAAGCUUGACAUCAAGAUCAACCCUGAUGGGACGGGUCAGCUCCAUGUUCCAGGACUCAGGGUCUUAGAGGUCAAAAACUUCCAGCAUAUCAAAAAAAUUUUGGCCAUAGCUCGAAAGAACAGGAUUACAUUUGGAACACAAAUGAACCAGCACAGCUCUCGAUCACAUGCCUUGCUCACGGUGACUGUGCUGGGUACAGACCUCGCCAGUGGUGCAAAAACCACCGGCAAGCUGAAUCUGGUAGACCUGGCUGGUUCUGAGAGGGUGUGGAAGUCUGGAGCAGAGGGGGAGAGACUGAAGGAAGCCCAGAAUAUUAAUCGCUCACUGCUGGCUCUAGGUGAUGUGAUCCAGGCCCUGAAGGCCCACCAGACUCACAUACCAUUCAGGAACUCACGACUCACCUACCUGCUACAGGACUCGCUGGGAAAAGGCAACAAAACUGCCAUGGUUGUUCAGGUUUCGUCUCUUGAAAGCAAUGUUGGAGAGACCCUGUGCUCGCUCAAAUUUGCCCAGCGAGUAUGCAAGGUGGAGCUCGGUCCUGCCGCACGGAAAAUCGAGACAGGAGGUCAUAAUGAAAGCAAAAGUUAAAGCAAACCAUCAACCCUCACACGGAUCCACAGGCCCAGUCAAUGGACGAGCCUUGCACUUUUCAACCUGUGGUCAAAGCUUCCAAUCCAACUCAAGGGCUACAUUUCUAGAAACGUCUAUGACUCCACAUGAAGAGUUCCAGUUUCUUCCUGCUACCUAGCAAUGGCAUUUCUCCGCCAGCAGAAGUGCAUGUCAAAGUCUCACCAACAUCAAUAUCAAGACAAGCUGUCCUUCAGUUAAAAAUAUGACUGACUGAAAAUUCUUCACAAGGAAGCAGUGGUGCGGAUAUUUCAGAUAAUCUUGCAUAAAACAAUGUUUUGGAGUCGCAACACAAGAGACCACAAUAUCUAAAUUGUGUAAACGCUUGAAAUUUCUAAUGAUAAUCACUCAAAGAAAAGCUAUUUGGUAUAAUAUAUAGCCUAGGAAGUAAUGGUCAAGUGUUACUGUGUAUGACGGGUGUGGACUUCCAUAAUCAUGUUGUAUUACGUGUAGAAGCAGCCAAUAUGUCUUUGUUCACCGCACAAAGUGGUGGUAUUUGAAAUACAGGCUAAUAACCAGAAGGUCAGUUUAAUGAUGAUUCACUAAUGGUUCUUGAUUUAUGAGCCCUGCUCUGUCGCUGAAAGGUAAAGGAAGUCAGGAUUUGGAAAAGCAAGCAUCUGCUAAAGAUGAGAAUGUAUGUAACUACAGCUCAUGAUACUAUGUGCAAUAGCACCUCUUAGUGGUGGACAUCUCAUGUUUUGGUUUUGGAAGAAACCACAUUGGAGAAAAUGUUACUAGUCUUAACAUUAAUAUACAUUCAUUAUUAAUUCUAAAUUAACAACCAUCAAGAUAUUUAAAAUUACUUCUCUCUCUAUAUAUAUAUACACACAUGUGCAAGUAAGAGAUGUUUAGGAUAAAUAUAAGUUUACUGUAAAUUGUCAUUGUUGUUUAGUCAUGUUAGUUAUAGCCAUGUUACAGUGGGAGGAUGAGGAAUGCACUUUAUCGCUGAAGACUUGUGCUGCCCAUACAACUUGUCUUUUAACCAAAACCAGAGGAGGUCUAUUAAUUUGUUUCUGAAAGUUAGAAAAUAUUUAAAGGGAUAGUUCACCCAAAACUGAAAAUUCUGCAACCAUUUAUUCUCUUAUGAAAAAGCUGAAAACCUGUGACCAUUGGCUUCCAUAGUAGGAAGACAAAUAGUAUAGAAGUCAAUAAUUACAGGUUGUCAGCUUUCUUCUAAAUAGCUUUUGUGUUCAGCAGAGGAAAGAAACUUGAAAAGGUUUGGAAUAAACACUACCAGUCAGAAGUUGAGAAUCAGUAAGAUAAUGUUUGAUUUUUUUUAAAGGCAAUUCUACUAACCAAUGCUGCAUUUAUACAAUCAAACAAUACAGUAAAACUGUUCAAUUUUGAAAUAGGAUUACGAUUUUGAAAAACUGUUUUUUUAUAUUGAAUGUAAUUUCAAAUUUAAUUUAUUCGUGUGAUUUUAAGCUGAAUUUCAUCAUCAAUGCUCCAGUCCUCUGUGUCACAUGAUCCUUCAGAAAUUAUUAAAAUAUGCUGAUUUUCUGCAGAUAUUUUCGCUAUGAUGAUUGUUCUAUUCUGAUUAGUUAUUUCUGAAACUGAAACUUUUCAGAAAUUUUUCAAUGCAGAAAAAGUUUUAUCUUGCUUCUUAGUAUCUUGGAAACUGUAAUACAUUUUACUUUUAUGAUUAGGUGACAGAAAGUAGCAAAUCAAAAGUUACUUUCACUCUUAAGCAAUUUUUUUUGUAAUAAUAAUUAAUACUUUCCUCAUGUUACAUUUGAAUGUUAUUGUAUAAACAGUUAUUGUAUCGUCAACAACUACAAUAAUUAUAAUAAGAGUGGCGUCUUCUUGAACAGAUCAUAAUAAUAUAAAAAACUAUGUGACUGAAGUUUAACCAUGCUUAAAAUUCAGAUUUGAACCACAAAAAUUAAUUACAUGUUAACUCCAUUCAAUAAAACAAGUUAUUUAUCAUACUGCAAUAACAUUUCACCUUUUACUGUAUUUUUGAAUUUAUUAAUGCAGCCUUUGUGAGCAAAAUAAGCUUAUUCUUGAAAAUCUUACUCAUUCCACACGUAUCAUGGGUGGUGUACAUUAUAAAAAAAAGGUUAAUACUGAAUUAAAUUCAAUUUUCCUCUAAACUUUCCUUUAAUCAAAAACGUGUUUGAUUGUGUUGAUUAUUUGGGGUCAAGCAAGUUUUAGCUGUACUCUUCUCUUGGAUUAUGAUGUUGCACUCUUCUUAAAUCUUAAAUUGAAUGCACAUUAAUGAGAAAAGGAAAAUACAACAUGAAUGAAAACAUGAAUCUAUCCCUUCAUUCCAGUUCUGAUUUGAAAGAAGUAAGCUUACCGACAUCGGACAGCAUUUUUAUCAUACGACUCAGAGAGGAAACAGACAAGAGUCAAUUUAGAAAAGAAGGAUUGUUUACUUAUAAACCACAAAAUAAUAAAAUGUGAAAAACAAAAA